AUGCAUCCACAACUUGAGGCUCAGAGAUUUCAUUCUUGUCUCGAUCUGAUAGAGGCCCUCGACCAAUGUCACCAGGCGGAAUACUACAAAAGAGCACUGGGACUGUGUAACAACGAAAAAGAAGCACUUUCCAAAUGCUUGCAUGAAGCUCGGUACGAAGUAGGGAAAGCAGCUAUUUUGCAGAACCGUGAGAAACAGAAAAAAAUGGACGCCAGAUGGAAGCAAAUCAAAGAGGAAGAAUACGGCGAAGACGCAAUACUCCAACGCAUCAUCCAAGACCAAGUUGCCAAAAGACUGAAAGGAGCUGCUGACAAGUCCAAUUGA